ACAGCGUCCAGGCUGGAUGGUACUCGGACUCGGCAGCUAACGUUGGGGAUUUGCUUUCCAAAACAAAAAAAAAACAAGAGGUUAAUCUCGCCGUGGAGCCGGACUGCAGCACCAUGGCUCUCUACGAAUACGUCACUCAGGACCAGCUCGCGGGCUUCGACAAGUACAAGUACAGCGCAGUGGACUCCAAUCCCCUGUCUGUCUACGUCAUGCACCCCUUCUGGAACUUUGUGGUGAAGUUUCUACCGACGUGGUUGGCUCCAAACCUCAUUACAUUUACAGGCUUUAUGUUCCUUGUGUUGAAUUUCCUCAUGUUGGCCUUCUACGACUUUGACUUCACUGCCUCUGCUGCAGGACAUGAACACGUGCCUAGUUGGGUCUGGGUUGCUGCAGGGAUCUUCAACUUCUUGGCCUACACGCUCGAUGGUGUUGACGGUAAACAGGCUCGUCGCACCAACUCCUCCACGCCACUAGGGGAGCUCUUUGACCACGGCCUGGACAGUUGGGCCUGCAUCUUCUUCGUGGCCACCGUCUACUCCAUAUUUGGGCGUGGGGAAAGCGGUGUGGGCGUGGCCACACUGUACUACAUCCUGUGGGUGGUGCUGUUCUCAUUCAUUCUGUCCCACUGGGAGAAAUACAACACCGGCAUCUUGUUCCUGCCAUGGGGGUACGACAUCAGCCAAGUGACCAUAUCUCUGGUUUAUUUGGUCACUGCUGUGGUCGGCGUGGAAACGUGGUACCAGCCAGUCCUGUGGCACUUCCUCUACAGAGACCUUUUCACCUUUAUGAUCGUCGCUUGUUCCUUCACUGUGACCUUACCCAUGAGCCUCUACAACGUCCUGAAGUAAGUCAACUUUUUAUUCGGCUCACGCAGUAACACUCUGAAGCACAGCAGCCUGUACGAAGCCUUCCUGCCCUUCCUCUCGCCCGUCCUCCUCUUCAUCCUGUCCACCAUUUGGGUGGUCUUCUCUCCAUCCAACAUCCUCGAGCUGCAGCCCAGGAUCUUCUACCUCAUGGUGGGGACAGCUUUCGCGAAUGUCACGUGUACGCUGAUUGUGUGUCAGAUGAGUAACACACGUUGCCAGGCGCUGAGCUGGCUGUUGCUACCCAUGACGCCCGUGGUGUUGUUGGCGGUUUCUGGGGUGGUGGCCAAUGAAACCCUGCUGCUGUGUCUGUGGACCGCCGCUGUCAUGUUGGCACACAUACAUUACGGCGUUUCAGUGGUACAACAGCUCAGCAACCACUUUAACAUCUUGGCCUUCUCGCUGAAGAAGCCCAACAGUGACUGACAGGAGGAGGAACGAAUCGGCUUGAAAGAAGCGGAGGUUUAGGCUCCUCCGCUUAUCGACACUUCACUCUCAUCACCACGGAAACCACAUCCCCACCCCUCCAUCCAUGAGGACACUGCAAGUGGAAUGGACGAUAGCCCUCUUCUACACUGUCUCCAACACACACACACACACACACACACACACACACACACACACACUCAUAUUCCUAACCACCCAACCAACUAACCUCUGGUCCCUGCGAUGGGGCGGGCACAGGGGCUCUGGCUUCCGUCAUUGGUGAUUGGCUAACUUGGUUGAGCCAAUGAGGUGCAAUUGUUUCCUACGGAAAUGUGCUUCAGUCAUGAGGACAGGAGCCCUGCAAACACACAGAUACAUGUACAUACAUCGCUCUGCUUUCGUGCAGAUAAUUUAUAUCUCAUGGCAGGUAUUUAAAACACAAACACAGCCACAAACACACAGUUACACUCAAAUAGUAUUAUGAAUGUAUAAUAUGCCUUUGGGAAACGCCAUUUAAGUUUUAUUAUAUGAACAGGAAUGCCUCGAAUAGUGAUGUUUCAAAUUUGACCAAACCUCUAGAUAGUGGCCGCACAUCCACAGCUGUGUCCAGCGUUUAAAGGUUGUCAGUUCUUUUCUUUUUUUUUUAAUCAUGGGAUGUUUUUCAGUUGUAAAUCCCAGUGAUAUAUGUUAAUAGCUAUAUAUAUACUGUAUGUGUUAAAGGGGUUUGGGGCAUUUUGUUUUCAAACUGAAAAGAAAGAUUAAAAAAAGAUGAUUACUCCUGUAAAACAUUGUAUAAAUUUCCCUCUAAUUA